UGUUAAUUCCAUUGCAAAAUUCGUGGACCCUUUUUAAGGAUCCCUGUUUCACUUCUGUUCCUGUAUUAUUUUCCUCCUCCGACACGACGAAAUUAGUGGCUUCGUGCCAUCAUCAUAUUAGGGGUCCUGUUCCACAGUUUGAAGCUAUACGGUGGCAUUUGAGGCUUUAAACCAUGGCCGAGAAUUUAGACAAACCAUUGCUGGAUCGUGAUUCUUUCGAUAGAAAAGGAAUUGACUUGGGUACAUUGCCAUUGGAGGAGGUUUUUGAAUACCUAAAAACAUCGCCUAAGGGGCUUCUAUCUGGUGUUGCUGAAGAAAGAUUGAACUUAUUUGGUCCUAACAGACUUGAAGAGAAACAGGAGAACAAGUUUCUGAAAUUCCUAGGUUUUAUGUGGAACCCAUUGUCAUGGGUUAUGGAAGCUGCAGCAUUGAUGGCCAUCGCCCUCGCUAAUAGUGAAAGACUGGGUCCUGACUGGGAAGACUUUGUUGGAAUUGUUUGCCUUUUACUGAUCAACGCAACAAUCAGCUUCUUUGAAGAAAACAAUGCUGGCAAUGCUGCUGCAGCUCUUAUGGCUCGCUUGGCUCUAAAGACAAGAGUACUUAGAGAUGGACAGUGGCAAGAGCAAGAUGCAUCUAUCUUGGUACCUGGUGAUAUAAUUAGCAUAAAGCUUGGGGAUAUCAUUCCUGCAGAUGCUCGUCUUCUUGAAGGAGACCCCUUGAAGAUUGAUCAGUCAGUGCUGACUGGAGAAUCACUACCUGUGACCAAGAAGAAGGGUGAACAAGUCUUUUCUGGUUCUACUUGUAAACAAGGUGAAAUAGAAGCUGUUGUGAUAGCAACUGGAGCGAGCACCUUCUUUGGAAAAACAGCACGCUUGGUGGACAGCACAGAUGUAACCGGACAUUUUCAGCAGGUUCUUACAGCAAUAGGAAACUUCUGCAUUUGCUCUAUUGCUGUUGGAAUGGUUCUUGAAAUCAUUGUCAUGUUCCCUAUACAACAUCGUUCCUACAGAGUUGGGAUCAAUAACCUUCUUGUACUACUGAUUGGAGGGAUACCCAUUGCCAUGCCUACUGUACUAUCUGUCACACUUGCUAUUGGGUCUCAUCGACUUUCUCAACAGGGUGCCAUUACGAAAAGGAUGACCGUAAUAGAGGAAAUGGCUGGGAUGGAUGUACUCUGCUGUGAUAAAACUGGAACCCUUACAUUGAAUAGUCUUACCGUUGAUAAAAAUCUUAUUGAGGUUUUCGCCGACUACAUGGACAAGGACACAAUUUUGUUGCUUGCAGGCCGAGCUUCACGACUAGAAAAUCAGGAUGCUAUAGAUGCAGCCAUUGUUAGCAUGCUUGCUGAUCCUAAAGAGGCACGUGCAAGUAUUAGAGAAAUUCAUUUCUUGCCGUUCAAUCCUGUGGACAAACGUACUGCAAUAACAUAUAUUGAUUCAAAUGAGAGAUGGUAUCGUGCUACCAAAGGAGCUCCUGAACAGGUUCUAAGCUUGUGUCAACAGAAAAAUGAGAUUGCGCAAAGAGUUCACGCCAUCAUUGACAGAUUUGCAGAAAAAGGUUUGAGGUCUCUUGCGGUUGCUUAUCAGGAAAUUCCAGAGAAAAGCACCAAUAGUCCUGGAGGACCAUGGAGGUUCUGUGGUUUGUUGCCACUGUUUGAUCCUCCAAGGCAUGACAGCGCUGAAACCAUCCUUAGAGCUCUUAGCCUUGGAGUUUGCGUUAAGAUGAUCACUGGAGAUCAGUUGGCCAUUGCAAAGGAGACAGGCAGACGUCUUGGAAUGGGAACCAAUAUGUAUCCCUCUUCCUCUUUGUUAGGCCACAACAACGAUGAGCAUGAAGCCAUACCAGUGGAUGAGCUAAUUGAAAUGGCAGAUGGAUUUGCUGGAGUAUUCCCUGAACACAAGUAUGAGAUUGUAAAGAUUUUACAAGAAAUGAAGCAUGUGGUUGGAAUGACCGGAGAUGGUGUGAAUGAUGCUCCUGCUCUCAAAAAAGCUGACAUCGGAAUAGCUGUCGCGGAUGCAACAGAUGCCGCAAGAAGUUCUGCUGACAUAGUACUAACUGAGCCUGGCUUAAGUGUAAUUAUCAGUGCUGUCUUGACCAGCAGAGCCAUUUUCCAGCGAAUGAGGAACUACACAGUAUAUGCAGUCUCUAUCACCAUACGAAUAGUGCUUGGUUUUACACUUUUAGCGUUGAUAUGGGAAUACGACUUCCCACCUUUCAUGGUUCUGAUAAUCGCAGUACUCAAUGACGGGACAAUCAUGACUAUUUCUAAAGAUCGAGUCAGGCCAUCUCCUACACCCGAAAGUUGGAAGCUCAACCAGAUAUUUGCGACUGGAAUUGUCAUUGGAACUUACCUAGCAUUGGUCACCGUCCUCUUCUACUGGAUCAUUGUCUUUACAACCUUCUUUGAGAAACACUUCCAUGUAAAAUCAAUCGCCAACAUCAGUAAACAAAUUUCAUCCGCUGUGUAUCUCCAAGUGAGCAUCAUCAGUCAGGCACUCAUAUUUGUAACACGUAGUCGAGGCUGGUCAUUUUUCGAACGUCCUGGGACCCUCUUGGUUUUUGCCUUCGUUCUUGCUCAACUUGCAGCUACAUUGAUUGCUGUCUAUGCCAAUAUCAGCUUUGCUAACAUCACCAGCAUUGGAUGGGGAUGGGCAGGUGUUAUAUGGUUAUACAGUCUAAUAUUUUACAUACCUCUAGAUAUUAUAAAGUUUGUCUUUCACUACGCAUUGAGUGGAGAAGCUUGGAAUCUUGUAUUGGACCGUAAGACAGCUUUUACUUAUAAGAAAGAUUAUGGGAAAGAUGAUGGAACGGCUAAUGUAACCAUCUCUAAGAGAAGUCGUUCUGCAGAAGAAGUCAGUGGAAGUGGCGCUUCUUGGAUCACUGAACAAACCAGGAGGCGUGGAGAAAUUGCCAGGUUCUCUUUGGCGGCUUGGAGAGGUACACUCGGCGUCAAGCAUUUAGAAUCGGUGAUCAAGCUCAAACAAAUUGACCCAAAGAUGAUCGGUGCAGCUCACACCAUUUGAAUGAAACACUCAUGAUUUUUCCCUAACUCAAAAUUUACAUAAAGAGGGAUUCAUAUAAUCUGUAGUAGUCUAUAUAUACUAUAAUGUUGUUUUCUGGUGAUAGCAGAAAUUUCACCUGAUCUAGUCUACGGUUGAGCACUUGAGCUCAGUUGUAAACCAUAUAUGUAGUAGGUGUGGCAAUAAACUUGUUAUAACUCUUCACCACUUUGGUUACUUGCAUCAAGAAAAUCUUAUAAUUUACAAUCAAAAUGCAGAAAAAAAUGAAGGGAAUUUAGUAAAUUUCUCAAAAAUGAAUAAAGACAACGAUGAAGACGACGAGGAGAAGACGGUUACGUACGCCGUGAGGUUGCCUAACGGAUCUCUCAAAUUCUCCUUCAAGUUUGGUGAGAAAUACACUUUUGGAUCUUCGAGUGCUCCUCACGCUCCUGUUCCAUCGGCUCUGGAUCACAAAACCAUGGAUUAACCCGUUACCGCUUACCCGCCCGAAUUUGGUGCUCCGGUUGCAAACCCUCCUCCACCCGCUGGUUCUUCUUCCGGAUAUCCACCACCGGGACAUGACGAUAAGCACGGUGGUGUGUAUGGAUUAUCCACAACAAGCUGGUGGUUACCCGCCAUCUGGACCCGGUGGUUAUCCGCCACCUGGUGCUUACCCGCAGCAAGGAGGUUACCCGGGGUAUCCGCCACCGCAACAGGGUGGAUAUCCGGGUUAUCCGCCACAGGGUCCAUACGGUUACCCGCAACAGCAAGGGUAUCCGCCUCAGGGUCCAUAUGGAUACCCGCAACAACAGGCUUAUGGUAAACCGCAGAAACCGAAGAAGAGUGGUAAGGCUGGAAUGGGACUAGGUCUUGGGCUUGGAGCUGGUUUGUUGGGUGGGUUGCUUGUUGGUGAAGCUGUUUCUGACAUUGCUGAUAUGGGUGAUAUGGGUGACAUGGGUGGUGAUUUCGACUUCUGAUUGCUUAUGUUAUAGUUUAUUAGGUUUCGUUUAACUACUACUGCUCUUCUAUGUUUUUCGUUUAAUGAAUCAUGUGAAGAACCUGAGAGAGAUCAAGUUUUAUCCUGUGUGAAUUAUGUGUUUGGUUUCUUUGUUUUCUUCUAAUGAAUGUAUUGAACGCUUAUGCUUUUUCUAAUCACUAGCUGUUGAAUAGAUAGUGCUCUGUA